AUGUAUCAAUUCCACCAAGAUCAGACAACCUACACGAUAUUGGCAGCCGAGAAGAAACUAAAGUCAAAAAGUUGGGUUAUGACCACGCCCGGGUCUGAGGGUUUUAUCAAGCUUCCAAACGAACAAAUUCUCUACACCUCACCACCAAGAACGAGCAUACAAUUAUCUACACCAAACCCCUACCCAGCUGCCAACCCAUACUCAGCCAAGUGCGAUUCGGGGAUUGUUUACGUCACCAAUCAAAGGAUUGUAUAUCUUCCAACUACGCCCACGGCCGAGCUCCAAUCUUUUUCCGCCCCCAUUCUCAACUUGCAAGACACCUUCGUUCGAGCUCCAUUUUUUGGUGCCAACUACUGGACGGCAACAGUGAAACCCGUCUCAGGCGGUGGUAUUCCAGCAACACAUUCCGCCGUUGAGUUAAAAUUGACUUUCAAGGAGGGUGGUGCGUUUGACUAUCAUACGAUAUUCGAGCAAAUAAAAGAGAGGUCGCAUCAAGCAUACACAGUAGCACGAGAUAAUGGACAAAAUGGUAUUGCGGACGCUGGUAAUAUUCAUCUGGAGCAGCUACCCGCCUAUGAAGCUCCAGCCAACAAUGCGAGAGAGCCAGAUGAACCCCGGAUACUAAGUCCGGUACCUGUGAGGCCAACAGGUCCACCGGCUCCGGCUGUGAGCUCCCAGGCGACCACGACUGCAGCAAAUCUACCUGCACCAGACGAGCCACCGCCGGGAUACGAAGAAGCGCAAGUCCAAGCUGUUGGAAUCGAUUUGGAGCAGAGAAUGCGCAACGAGGCCGAGAGGGGGGUCUAA